AUGGCAUCCAUGGAAGGCCUUCGCAUCGAUCGCUCUCUGAUCCCCACCCAACCUCGAGAUGUUGAGCGCUUCCUCAAGAGCGACUCCUGUCCCGUCGACACCAGCUUGCCCCCGGGCUUCCCAAAGGUCGUAGACUCGAAGACUGCCUGGUCCGGUGAGAACGCCAAAUUCGAUCCUUCGACCGAGCAGCACACCCUGAUCCUGAGCGAGGCUGAGAUUGGCGAAUUAGAGGAGGGCUGCCGCAUGUUUAAGGAGCUCAACCUGCCCUUCGAUGCUGUCUCGGAGAAGACCUUGCCCCUUCCCACCUUGUCUGCCAAGCUCAAAGCAUGGGCUUCGGAGCUCACCCAGGGCGUUGGUUUUUUCCGCAUCCGUGGUCUGAACCCCCAACAAUACUCGAGCGAGAAAAACAUCCUCAUGUAUCUUGGUAUCUGCGCCUAUGUUGCCGAGAAGCGCGGUAUGCAAGAUGAGCGCGGCAAUAUGCUUCUUCACUUGACCGACGUUGGUCCACAGAAUGCCGGCAUCAAUGAGCGUCAAGCUCCCUACUCCAACAUCAGCCAGCCAUACCACACGGAUGCCGGUGGCCUCAUUGCGCUCUACUCGCUGGGCCAGGCCGAGACGGGCGGUAACUCUCAGUUGGUUCCCAUGGCCACCGUCUACAACGAGAUCGCCGCCACCCGCCCGGAUAUCAUCCGCCUCCUGGCUUCCCACACUUGGGUCUUUGACAGCUUCGGCCUCACUCCGGCUUACAACGUCCGCCCUCUCCUCUACCCUCUGAAGGAUGGCAAGGUCAUGUUCGCCUUCGCCCGCCGUCCUCUGCUGGGUAGCUCGCAGUCUCCCCGUUCCGAAGGUGUCCCUGAACUGAGUGAUGCCCACGUCGAGGCUCUCAAUGCCGUCCAGUUUGUUGCUGCGAAGCAUGCGCUGUCGACCUCGUUGCCGGUUGGGGAGAUGCUGUUCUGGAACAACUUGUCGAUGUUGCAUUCUCGGCAAGGUUUCACCGAUGGUGGAGCUGGCAAGAGGCGCCAUCUGAUCCGACUCUGGCUCUGCAACGAGGCUACCUUGAGCGGCUGGUCGAUCCCCGAGGAGAUCAAGGCUGGGUGGGAUGAUGCCUUUGAGCUCGAUGGGCGGGAGCAAAAGUGGCCCCUGGAUCCCAUCACGGAUCGCGAGUUCAUCACCUAUCAAGCCCGCGCAUCGGGUCACGACUAG